AACUGUGCAAGUACACUGCUUUAUAUCUAUGGUGGAAAACGCCAUAUUUUCGAUAUGGCAUAUCUCGAGUUCAAGUUUGAGGACCAAAUAACUAAAUACAUUCGGGAACAAGAAUUGGAUACGUCACUAAAAUUCAUAACAUUGCGAAAGGACAAACAUUUUGGGCAAAAGGAUGCACAGCCUUUGGCACAGAAAAAACUCAGCUGGGAGAGUAAAAGCCUCCCAUUCAAUGGUGUUCCCUUUCAAGUUGUUGGCACAAAGACGUAUGAAUGCCACCAGGGGAAAGACAGACAAACAAAAGCCAAAGAGAAAUAUGCUGCUGAAAGGGACAAGAAGGAACUUGAAGACCAUGCCUUUCUACAGAAACGGAAACUGGUACAAAAUACCAAAAAGGUGGACUGCAAGGCUAUAAUAAACAUCGCCCACGUUAUCCGCUUUCCUGAUUUUAAGAUUGAGGAAAGUACAGUGCGCUCAAAAAAGGAGGCCUCCCAAACUCUGAAGGCAGCACUAAGUGAAACACCCAGCUCCGUGAAGGCAGAGGUUGUCUACUGCGUCAGGUUCCCCUCCCUCUCUGAGCAUAGCUCACAUGCAGUUGUUGGUGAGGAAGCUUAUGUUAGGGAAGCUGUAGAUGCCAGGCUGAGAGAGAAGAUUGAGCAGCUGACUCUGUCUGGUGUGAGAAAGAUGACUGAAAUGAAGUGUCAUCUUAACACCUUUGUAGUGGAAGAGCUUUUCUGUGGAGAGCAGCCCCCUCCACCUACUCGCAGGCGGUAUUACCCGACUGACAGUGACAUAAGAAAUGUCAUGUUUAAGACCAAGCAGGCCACCAGAGACCCCAACAUUGAACGUCCAGACGAAGGUCCAUCUAGAAGAGGAAAGAAGAGGUCCUCUAGGAAGGUGUUGCAGUUGAGGAAGCAAUGUGCAGGAUAUCUUAAAGAGAUCACAGACCUCACUUAUCAUCUCCAAGAUGAACAGUGCAUGACUGACCUGUCUUCACGUCUCAAAAGCGUGUUGCUGGAUAUGAAGGCCAAUGUUCCACAGGAUACAGGCCUUCCACUGACCUUUUCUCCAAGGAAGAGAAAAGCUGAGAAGGCCAUGGACCCCCUACCAACCAAGAGAGCAUCACACCCUUUCACAGGCGGGGUAGAACAGCAUACAGAGGACAUAACUCAGUGAGAGGGGAACUGUAAGAGAGGGAGAGAAGAAGAGAUUGGUGUGAGAAGAGGAGAACCUCAGUAGGUCGAAGAGAAGAUUGGUGAGAGAAGAGUGUCCAGUAGUGUGGGCAGAGAUGGGAGAACCAGAGCCCCUUAAGUUUGUUUCACUGGAGGAAGAGGUGGACUACUGGAAGGAACAGGUGGCCAAGCACCAACAGAGGUCUGAGGAGGCGCAGGAGGAGCUGCAGGAGUUCCAGCAGAUGAGCCGUGACUACGAGGUGGAACUGGAGAUGGAACUCAAGCAGUGUGAGACACGGAACCAAGAACUCCUCACACAGAACAACAGGUUACACAUGGAACUGGAGAACUACAAGGAGAAGUAUGAAACGCAGCACUCGGAGGCGUACCGUCAGAUCUCUACUCUGGAAGGAGACCUGGCUGAGACCACGGCCAUCAGAGACCAGCUCCAUAAAUACAUCAGAGAGCUGGAGCAGGCUAAUGAUGACCUGGAGAGAGCCAAGAGGGCUACCAUCAUGUCUCUGGAGGACUUUGAACAGAGGAUGAACCAUGUGAUAGAGAGGAAUGCCUUCCUGGAGAGUGAGCUGGACGAGAAGGAGAGCCUACUGGAGUCAGUUCAGAGACUGAAGGAUGAAGCCAGAGAUCUAAGACAGGAGUUGGCAGUCCAACAGAAGCAGGAAAGACGACCGUCCUUCACUGUCACCAAAGACUCUCUCUCAGACAAGAUGGAGGAAAAAACAUCCCUCGCUACCUCCCAUUCAUUCACACGCCCCCCCUCAUCCCUCCGUUCCUCCCCUCCUCCUGCUCUCUCCUCCUCAGCUCUCCUCUCCACCCCCUCCAGACCACCCCACCCCUCAGCAAGCCCCUUCAUCACCCCCCCACCCUCUUACAGCAGAGGUGACGGCCAAUCAGGUACUCCUCUCACUGCGUCGGCACGUAUAUCAGCUCUCAACAUCGUAGGAGAACUGCUGAGGAAAGUUGGGAACCUGGAGUCUAAACUAGCAUCCUGUAGGGAGUUUGUCUAUGAACAGUCUCCUGGUCGCAGUACCCUCUCUGGGGGACAGGGGGCGGCACCCAUCCAGAAAGGCACUUCUUCUGACACACUGUCCGCCACCAACGGACUCUACGAGAAAGGCAUGGUGAAGAGACUAGACUUCGGACCAGGACCCAAAAUUAUUCUGUGAACCCCCCAUCCGGUUAGCUACAGUGUGCACUAAUGAAUGUGUCCCUGCCCAGCACAGUCUCCCUUGGCUACCAGGCUUGUAUCACAGCUUUCAGCUUCCAAUGGGGUUUAAUGUACUAGCAUACAGCUCUCUCACUCUGGUGGAAUGGAAUGGACCAGAUUAUUGGACAUCACUGAAGUGAGUCUAGAGUUCUAGAACUGUUCUAGAAUGUCAUUGAGACAGAACCUCGCCAUCUAAUGCAAUGGAACGUCAUAGAACGUCAGUGUUGAUAUCAACUGUUCUAGAGCGUCGUUGAGGAGCUUUGAUGACGUCACGGAUCAACGGUACUCCUUCCCUCUGCGCUUUACCCAGGAUGCUUUGCCCCUGCGGGUCUCUUAUCGAGGACAGAGAGGCUCCUAGGAGCGGGGCUUAUGGCACGGGCACUUCCUGUUGGAACUAACCUGUAGCGGACCCAUAUCUGGUCUAAAGUAGUGCAUUAUGUUGGGAAUAGGGUGCCAUCUGGAACUUAACCACGUGUUGUUUUGUUACAUUUGCUGUGUUCUGUUUUGGGUGUUUCUGUUCCUUUUGAUGUUUGAUGGAGGAAAAAGUGUUACUGGAAUGGGAGGUUAUCCACACAAUAAUGAUGAUUUAUAUUUCAAAUGUUUUUAUUUAUUUAUUUUACUUCACAUGAAUACAACCCCUUGUUUUGUCUGCUAAUCUUUGAAGAAUAAUAAUGAUAAUACUGUAACUGACUGAACGGUGACACCUACUGGUUAAGGAGAGGAAGUGGAAGGAGGAGAGGUUCAGGAGUAGGGUUGCAAAAUUCCAGUAACUUUCCCAAAAUACCCAGGUUUUCCAGAAAUCCUGGUUGGAAGAUUUCCAGAAUCAGGGUGUAGUAAGCAGGAAAUCUGGAAUCCUUCAGCCAGGAUCUCUGAAAAUCCAGGACAUUUUGGGACUAGUCAGGAGGCAGAAGGAAAGUUGGUGUAGAAGGUUGGGUAAGGAAUAGAUAGACUUUGCACCUUUAUUGCAGGUCCAGGAUCAGAUUUUGUUUCUCUAAUGGUUAAUGGUGGGAUUGGGGUUAGGGUAAUCUGAUCCUAGAUCUGUGGGUGACUUCUACCUCACAGGAAAAGUGAAGGUGUGUUUGGUUAGGUUGGGGAAUGUGUUGGGCGUAGAUGUGGAUAGAGAAGCCUUCUUUCCAUUGCCAUAAUGGCUUCUGUGACCACAUGGGCAGAUUUCUCCAUUUUAAAGUAGUCAAGUUCUUCUUCAACCGCUGACUCUGUAAAGCCAAGGUUGGUGAUUUAAUGCCACCUGCAGUUACGUAAUGUUUGCUAAGGAGUAUAAUUCCAAUGGCUGAUCAAUCCUGCUGACCUGGAUGGGAUUCUGUGAUCCUUUCCCAACCCAUAGCAAGUCCCAGCCAGUUGACUACUUCAAAAUGUUGAAAGUCCUCAGUGGCUCACUCUGCCCGUGCUAAAACAGGCUUUGUGGCACAUGAGCCAUCUAUCCAAGCCUAUGGUGUUGAGUGGAUGCCAUUUCACCAGAGCUACUGAUGGCACCUCAUCCUGGUCAAACCUGACUGAACGCUAGCCUGCGCUCACCUUUUAGAGCUUCAACAGGGCUAGUCUGAUAUCUUCAACAGGGCCAGUCUGAUAUCUUCAACAGGGCUAGUCUGAUAUCUUCCACAGGGCUAGUCUGAUAUCUUCAACAGGGCUAGUCUGAUAUCUUCAACAGGGCUAGUCUGAUAUCUUCAACAGGGCUAGUCUGAUAUCUUCAACAGGGCUAGUCUGAUAUCUUCAACAGGGCUAGUCUGAUAUUUUCAACAGGGCUAGUCUGAUAUCUUCAACAGGGCCAGUCUGAUAUUUUCAACAUGGCCAGUCUGAUAUCUUCAACAUGGCCAGUCUGAUAUUUUCAACAUGGCCAGUCUGAUAUCUUCAACAUGGCCAGUCUGAUAUCUUCAACAGGGCCAGUCUGAUAUUUUCAACAUGGCCAGUCUGAUAUCUUCAACAUGGCCAGUCUGAUAUUUUCAACAUGGCCAGUCUGAUAUCUUCAACAUGGCCAGUCUGAUAUCUUCAACAUGGCCAGUCUGAUAUCUUCAACAUGGCCAGUCUGAUAUCUUCAACAUGGCCAGUCUGAUAUCUUCAACAUGGCCAGUCUGAUAACUUCAACAUGGCCAGUCUGAUAUUUUCAACAUGGCCAGUCUGAUAUUUUCAACAUGGCCAGUCUGAUAUUUUCAACAUGGCCAGUCUGAUAUUUUCAACAUGGCCAGUCUGAUAUUUUCAACAGGGCCAGUCUGAUAUUUUCAACAGGGCCAGUCUGAUAUAACAGAGUUAGAUUACCAAAGUUAAUGGUGCCUUCUUGAACUGUAAUUUGUUUAAACUAUAGCAAUACAGUUUGAUUAUUUUACUAGUAGAAAUCUUGAAUGAAUGAAUGAAUGAAUGAAUGAAUAAACCGUGUUGUAAAGUAAUCCACGUUGAGAUUGAAGCUGUAUUUUAUGUUUCUAAGUAGACAUUUUUAUACACUGCUCAAAAAAAUAAAGGGAACACUUAAACAACACAUCCUAGAU